AUGGUCAUAACCAUAGUUGUUGUAUAUGUUGAUGAUAUUAUACUAACAGGUGAUGUUGCAAGCAUUCAAGGUCUAAAGUCCCGUCUUCACAAAACAUUUAGUAUAAAAGAUCUUGGCAUUCUACAUUAUUUUUUAGGAAUUGAGGUAACUUACACUCCCACAGGUAUUAUCCUAACUCAAAAGAAGUUCAUAAAAGAUUUAUUAGAUUUUAGUGGUAUUAGUGAUCACAAACGUGUAGUCACUCCUUUGCCCCUCAAUUUAAAACUAACUGCUAAUGAGGGUCUUUUGUAUCCUAAUCCUACAUAUUACAGGAACUUAGGUGGAAAGCUCGAUUUUUUGACUCAUACAAGAUCGGAUCUUGCCUACACUGUACAACAUCUCAAUCAAUUUAUGAAAUCUCCAAGAAUGCCACAUUAUGAAGCUCUUCAAUACUCCCUUAAGUAUAUAACAUCCACAGCAAGCCAAGUUAUAUUGCUCCAUGCCACAUAUCAGCUCACUCUACAAGCCUUCUCUGACUCAGAUUGGGCUUCCUGUCCAAACAGCGAAAGAUCCUUCAUAGGGUACAUUCUCUUAUUUGGGAAGUCUCCUAUUUGCUGGAAAUCCAAGAAGCAACCAACGGUUUUCAAAUCUUCCUCAGAGGCAGAAUAUAGAGUUAUGGCCUUUGCUUCCUCUGAGAUUACAUGGACUGUCAGGCUUUUGGAGGAACUUGUCUUUCAUGAGAGGACCAAGCACAUAGAGGUUGACUGUCACUUCACAAGGGAUAAAGUGUUGGAAGGCUUGAUUCAACUCUCUUAUCUGCCAACUCAGUUUCAGCUUGCUGAUGUUCUAACCAAAACCCUUCCCUCCAAUCAACUUACUCUUAUCCAAGCUUGGCAUGGUCCUGUAUUAGAUUUUCAAGUUUUUCCUCUUAAUGAAUGUAUUCAUAGCUCUUGUGAGUAUCUGUGA